CUCAGCACCUUCUGUCACCUCCCUGGGUGAGGAAGACUGUGCCGCUGCCACCAAGGCCCCCACGGACGCACAGGUCAGAGGAGGGCAGGAGAAAUGGCCUCGGUCUUCCGGAGCGAGGAGAUGAGCCUGAUGCAGCUCUUUCUGCAGGUGGAGGCUGCCUACUGCUGCGUGGCCGAGCUUGGGGAGCUGGGUCUGGUCCAGUUUAGAGAUCUGAAUGUGAACGUGAACAGCUUCCAGAGAAAGUUUGUGAAUGAAGUGAGAAGGUGCGAAUCCUUGGAGAGGAUCCUGCGUUUUCUGGAAAAUGAGAUGGAAGACAAUGCUGCGAUAGUCAAACUAGGAAAGUACCCAGAGACCCCCCUGCCUCGGGAAAUGAUUGAUAUGGAGACGGUGCUGGAGAAACUUGAAGCUGAGCUGCUGGAAGCCAACCAGAACCAGCAAACACUGAAGCAGAACUUCCUCGAGCUGACGGAGCUCAAACAUCUGCUGAAGAAAACUCAGGACUUCUUUGAGGCAGAAACCAAUCUGCCAGAUGAUUUCUUCAGUGAAGACACAUCUGGAUUGCUGGAGCUGAGGAGCACUCCUGCCGCUGCAGCUGCCAAGCUGGGAUUCACAGCAGGGGUAAUAAAGAGGGAAAGGAUGAUACCUUUUGAGCGUUUACUGUGGCGAGCCUGCAGGGGAAACAUCUACCUGAGGUACACCGAAAUGGACACCCCCCUGGAGGACCCUGUGACGAGAGAAGAGGUGAAGAAGAAUGUGUUCAUUAUCUUCUAUCAAGGAGAGCAGCUUAAACAAAAAAUCAAGAAGAUUUGUGAUGGAUUUCGUGCCACAGUCUAUCCCUGUCCAGAGUCUGCCACCGAGCGCCGAGAAAUGCUUGAUGGAGUCCACACAAGGAUCGAGGAUUUAAAUACAGUGAUAACCCAAACCGAGUCCCACCGCCAGCGACUGCUGCAUGAGGCAGCAGCCAACUUGUGGUCCUGGGGGAUCAAGGUGAAGAAAAUCAAGGCCAUCUACCACAUCCUGAAUUGCUGUAACAUUGACGUCACCCAGCAGUGCGUCAUCGCAGAGAUCUGGUUCCCAGUGGCUGAUGCUGGCAGAAUAAAAAGAGCUCUCCAUCAGGGAAUGGAGCGCAGUGGCUCUACUAUUGCCCCUAUCCUGACCGCUGUACACACCAGGAUGGCGCCACCCACCUUCAACAGGACCAACAAGUUCACAGCUGGAUUUCAGAACAUUGUGGAUGCGUACGGUGUGGGCAACUACAGGGAGAUGAACCCAGCUCCAUACACUAUCAUUACCUUCCCUUUCUUGUUUGCGGUGAUGUUUGGGGAUUGUGGCCAUGGUGCUGUCAUGCUGGCCUUUGCACUCUGGAUGGUCAUUAACGAGAAGAGCCUUCUUGCCCAGAAAAGCACUAAUGAGAUCUGGAACACAUUUUUCAGUGGGCGCUACCUGAUCCUGCUCAUGGGCAUAUUCUCCAUGUACACUGGCUUCAUCUACAACGACUGCUUCUCCAAAUCAUUCAACAUCUUUGGCUCUUCCUGGCAUAUCAUCCCCAUGUUUAAAAAUAGCACUUGGAAUAAGGAUGUGCUUCUGGACAAUACGGUGCUGCAGCUGGAUCCGGCAGUCCCAGGAGUCUACUCUGGAAAUCCAUAUCCAUUUGGAAUAGAUCCGAUCUGGAAUGUUGCAUCGAACAAGCUGACUUUCCUGAACUCCUACAAAAUGAAGAUGUCAGUUGUCAUAGGGAUUGUGCAUAUGAUUUUUGGGGUGAUACUCAGUCUCUUCAACCACAUCUACUUCAAGAAAUAUAUAAACAUUAUCCUUCAGUUCAUUCCAGAGAUAAUUUUUAUUGUCUCUCUUUUUGGCUACCUGGUCUUCAUGAUUAUUUUCAAAUGGUGUCAUUUUGAUGUCCACUCAUCCCAGAGUGCACCAAGCAUCCUCAUCCACUUCAUCAAUAUGUUUCUGUUCAAUUACAGUGACGCUUCAAAUGCUCCAUUAUAUCUGCAUCAGAAAGAAGUGCAGAGUUUCUUGGUCAUAUUUGCUCUGAUUGCUGUUCCCUGGAUGCUCCUAAUUAAACCUUUCAUCCUCCGAGCCAACCACCAGAAAGCGCAACGCAUGAUUCAGUCUCAAGCCAUCUCAGGAAACCCUGGAGGUGAAAGUGAGGUAGAUGUCCCAGAGACCAAUCACUCCAAGAAAGCUUCCCAGGGAGACCACAGUGGUGGCCAUGGAGGACAUGAGGGUGAUGAUGAAGAGUUCAAUUUUGGAGACACAUUUGUCCAUCAAGCUAUCCAUACCAUUGAAUACUGCCUUGGCUGCAUCUCCAAUACAGCAUCCUACUUGCGGCUCUGGGCGCUGAGCUUAGCCCAUGCGCAACUGUCAGAGGUCCUUUGGACCAUGGUGAUGCACAAUGGGUUCAACAACAGUGGCUGGGCAGGCCUCAUCAUCAUCUUCAUCAUCUUUGCGGCAUUUGCAGUGCUGACGGUAGCCAUCCUCCUUGUCAUGGAGGGGCUCUCAGCCUUUCUGCACGCCUUGCGUCUGCACUGGGUGGAGUUCCAGAACAAGUUCUACGUGGGAGCCGGGUACAAAUUUUCUCCAUUCUCCUUCAAGCACAUCAUCGAUGGCGCCGCAGAAGAGUGAAGCCAGUGCAUUGCUGCUUCGCUCCUCAGACCAGGCUCUAUUUUCUUGUGGUCGUUCACCCACACACUGGGGUAUAUGGGAUGAAACAGAACGGGAUGUGGCCCUUGAAAGAAGAGCAGCUGUAGAUGAGAACGUCCUAGCUGCAUUCACAUAUACCGCUGUAUCAGCUGAGAGCUGAACUACGUUGGCUGGGCUGGCUGGACCCUUGGCUGAGUACCUCCACUGAUGUCUUUGCCAAGUACCUGGUCCUCAGCAUUUGAUCAGGUCAGCUGCCUACUGCUUGGUUGAAAAGAGGAGAUGCAGCUUUUGAAUUAAAUUGGUUAUUAGUAAU